GUUAUUUGAAUAUGUCAAGGUUUUAUGAGAGGUACAAGCAUCUUUUUCAAGAAGAUGAUAGUUACAAGCCGAGGUAUAGGCAGUAUGAUUGCUUUCUCUAAGUGAUGGGGAUGAGGGGCAGACUAUGGUAAAUGGAAGUAUCAGACUUGUAUUUCCGAAAAAGAAACCUCGCAGACAGCGAUAUAAUAACUUGCAGUAUAAUUCUGUAAAUCCUGGAUCUAUAAAUGAAAUUAUUGGCAAUGAUUAUGAAUUCCAAGAACCAAGUUAUGCACCUAAUAAUUUUGUAUCAAUUUCACCUCCGAAGCACAAUCAAAAGAAUUAUCAAAGGAUUGAGGAAAAUAGAAUUUCGAUGGCUGCUAAGAAUAACUUCUUUGAAUCAGAGCCUCGGCAGGAGACGAGGGUACAUCAGCGAACAAAGCAUAAGAAGUACCUUUCUCAAGUAAACUCUCCACGCGAGGAUGAUACUGUGCGGAUAAAGGAUCACAGAGUCAAGAGGUUCCUUCAACAGAAAAUUCCUGAUAUUAAUACUUCAGUUGACAACCGAGCCCAGGAUAGAUACCAAAGACCAAAGCCAAAGGAGAAAGUCCAUCAUAAGAAAUAUACCCCAAUGCAUCAUGCUGAACAGGAAGAGAAGCCUAAAAGGAAAAUCCUAGCUGCAAAUUACAGCAGAAUGCAUGACUUUAACUUCAACGAAGAGGCACCUCCCUCAAGACCACACGAACCUCCAACCGACUCAAAAGAGCUUGAGGACAAUCUCUUACCUGAAAUCACUCAUAACGAAGAAACCUCUUCCAAAAGCUCCAAAUACUCCAUCCAUCAGCCGACCCCUAACGAAGAGAACAAGAUCUACAUGAAGCCUGACUACGAAGCUUUAGACAAAAGGUCUAAAAUCUACAAGCAGUAUAAAAACAAGGUCAAGGAGCGGACCUUUAAUGAUUACAAUAAAUUUGAUAUAAAGAACUUUGAUGUGAAGACUGAUGGAACUUUGGUGGAUUAUAAACCAGAAUUUCACAAACCCAGGGUUAAAUCUAAUAUACAGUUUUUCUAA